AUGGCUGACGUCUUCGUCUCGAGUAGGAUUUCAAGAACCGGCGAGCUUGGUCGCAGCGCCAUCGACGACCCUUGGCGCGUCGGAACGGCAGUUCCCGUUGAAAGCAGUGUUGCCAGUACUACAGACACGGGCGGCGGCGGCGAAUCGUUGACCGGUCAACGCGCCGAGUCAACCGCGGUGGACCAGUCCGCGCAGCUUCCCGCUGCGGAGAGGCCCGUUGUCGGAAGCACCAGCGCGGGGGCUUCACCGCGGAAGCCCCAUCAGCCCCUCCUUCCGCCGGCCUCCAUGUUCCAGCAGCAGCAGGCGCCGACGGCCGCGGAGAGGGAGCGGCGUGCAGAGGGCGCGCAAGGGGGCCGUCCACUCCGCGGGGGAGGCGCAGUGGCGGAACCGGAGCAGUCCGCGGAGAUGGAGGCUGCGGCGGCUGAGGGGAAGGGGCCUCUGGCAGUGUCGUCUUUGGAAGAGCGGAAGGAGAUUGCGGAAAGGGAGGAGCCGCAUCAGAAGUCGCGUAUCUCAGAGAAGGUAGCUCGAUUCUUCGGAGCCACAGGGAAACCCAGGAGCCGCAGAAGCACCAAGGAGACGGAGCCGCCGAGGCAAGUCGUAGCAAGGGAACCCGCAAGGGAGUCGGCACGAGAAUCUGCGAGCGAGCCUGCAAGGGAACCGGCAAUAGAGGGUAUAGCAGGCGGGAGCGGUCAGGGUGCAAGGGGCAGGGUUUCGGAGGGGGUGGGUGAGGAGAGGGUGUUGGGGGAGACGGGCAUGGGCGUGGGGUUUGCUGGUGCUACUAGCGGGGACCCUGCUGGUGCCACUAGGGGGGGGGCUGCUGGUGCUACUAGCGAGGGCCCUGUUGCGCCCUCCACCACGCCUGGUGCAGCAGCUGCAGCAUCGGCCAUUCAGCAGGCCGUGCGAGCAGGGAAGAGCGAGGAGCAGGUCACUGCUGAUGCUGCUGCUGCUGCAGCAAGCGAGAUGGGGCAUGGUGGGAAAGAGGAGCUGGAAGAGGGGGGGAUGGGCAGGAAGGAGGUGGAAAGGAGGGGCAGUGAAGAGGAGAUUUUGGGGGCAGCAGCAGGGGCAGGAACACCCACAGAAGAGAGGGGUGUGGGGCUUGCAGGAAGACUGGGAGGGACUGAGGCGGGCACGGAGGGUGGGAAGGUCAAGCAGCUGGUGAGGAGCUUCACCGGACCUCCCAGGCUGCUACAUCAACCGCUGCUACAGCCAACACAGGGGCAGACACGGCUGCAGUCGUCUCCAGGCGUGCAGCAGCAGCUGGUGCCGCCAGCAGCAGCAACAGCCGGAGCAGCAGCACCUCCUGCAGGAACCCCCCCGGCAGUAGCAGGCUCUGCAGCGACCAGAGUCGUACGGCCAUCCCCAUCACCAUCAGGAGCGGCAGAGCGAACACCAGCAGCAGCUGCUGCAUCCCCAGCGUCCCCUGGAGCAGCAGCAGGAGCCGCAGUAAGGUCAGUCUCCCCUAGAGCAGCAAGAGCGAAAUGGGGGCAAGCAUCCCCGGGAGCAACUGGAGCAGGAGCAGGAGCAGGAGCAGGAGCAGGAGGAGGGUCAGUGUCGCCAGUGUCUCCGGGAGCAGCAGGCGGGCAUGGGUCGGUGCUGGAGCGACUCAAGUGGCUGGAGUGGCAGGUGCACACCAUGCAGCAGGCUGUCUCGGGCGGUCCUACGGAGAGUGCUGGGAUGCUCCCUGCUGCAACGCCAGGUGUCGUUUCAGGAGUUUCAGGUGUUUCGGAGGUUGGUUCUGGGGGGAAGAGAAAGAGGGUCCUGGCUCCUGGUGCAAUGCAAGGGGGGGAGGGGGACGAGGAUCAGGGGAUCACCAGAGCAGCGUUCAUGGGCGAGGGCCAAGAAAGGGAGAUGGGGAAAGAGGAGGCGAAAGAGGGAGGGAUGUUUGGAGGGAUGGUGAGUGGAGGAGAGAGAGGAGGGAUGGGAGAGGAGGAAGGAGCAGCUGUGCCGUUGGUAGUCGUGGCUCGGGAGAUUGAGGAGCGGGGUUCCAUUCUGGACCGCAUUGCACACCUGGAAACCACGCUCAACGCCCUCGCUGCUUCUGGGAUUCCCGUCCCUGGCAAGCCUGCUCCUGCCACUCUUGUCCCACCUGGGACGGGUGGAGCACCUGAGGCAGUGCCUGAAGCUGCACCUGGAGCACCUGGGAAGGCGGCUGAGAAGGCACUGGCAGCACAUGCUGCAGAGGCCGCUAUGGCCAGAGCGCCUGAGGGGGAGAGAGCAGAGGAGACAGCAGAGGUGGCCGCUGCUGCUGCCGCUGGAGCUGUGCGCGCAGUGCAAGGGAUGGGUGGCGGUGAGGGGGGUGGUGAGCAGGGUGGUGAGGCGGGAAUGAAGCCUACAAUUGAGCCAAGUCCAGAAGCUGCCAAGGUGUCAGAGGAAGGGGAAGGGGAAGCAGGGAAGAAGCAUCGUCGCCGUUAUCGUCGCAAAAAGAGGCCUGAAAGGGCUGAAGGGAAGAGCAGGUGCAAGAUUAUGUGA